AUGCAAUUCUUCGGGGGAACGGAGAUCAGCCCGUCGCUGCCAGCGUCAACGGCGUCGGGGAACAACGGCCACAUGAUGUACGUGUUCAACAGAAACGGCGUCUGCUUGCUCUACCGUGAAUGGAACCGGCCCCUUCACACCCUGAACCAACAGCAAGACCACAAGCUCAUGUUCGGCCUCCUCUUCUCCCUCAAGUCCCUCACCGCCAAGAUGGACCCCACCACUCCCGAUAAGGCCAAUCUCGGCGUCCCUCAGCUGCCCGGCCAAGGCUGUUCCUUCCACAGCUUCCGCACCAAUACCUACAAGCUUACUUUCAUGGAAUCCCCUUCUGGCAUUAAGAUUAUCUUGGUUACUCAUCCCAGGACCGGAGACUUGCGUGAAUCUUUGAAGUACAUUUACAACUUGUAUGUGGAAUAUGUCGUGAAGAACCCGCUCUACACUCCUGGAACUCCAAUCAGAACAAAGUUUCACGCCGCUAUAACUUCUCCGGGGAUUGCUUCUUAUGAGAUUUUGUAA